AGCUUGACACUUGAACGCAGCACUAUCAGGCCCACCGCUGCGAUCGCCCUUGAACUUUUCCCGGUUGUGUCACACGGCUCCUGCGCCACACGUCGGUCCGGGACAGGUGUCCGUCUUCAUGACCGGCUUACCGUGAGGGUGAGCGGAGAACCGUGAGAGUCACCACCACCACCACACACAUGUAAGACCCACCAUGACGGACACGCGGAGCUCCCAACUCUGCUGCAGCCCACCGCCACCGCCACCCACCAGCGACACGAACAACAACAACAAGAGGAGCAGCAGCAGCAGCGACGGAACUCAUUCUAUCUUCUCAUGAUCUGUGUUUUUCUACGGCCUGGGCGGUCUCGUAUGUUUCUUACGAGGGCGUCGACUCUCUAGUUAGUGUGUAUAUGGUGUGCCGGUGCAGUUUUCUGAUCUCACGCUAUCGGAAAUAACCGCAAUAGCAGCUGCAGCGACGUCCAAAGGAGGAGCAUCCCCCCCUUCCCCGGUUUUUAUUACAGGAGAGGAGGGCACGGUAUCAGAGGAAGGCAGGGGACUCGACACAGAGACACAGAGAGAGACAAGAGCGAUCAUGUUUGAGGCGAGAGGAAUCCCCUUUGUGCUGCUCGACAUAGCCUGCCUGUGUCUCGGUAAGUGUUAAAUAACCCUACUUUUCCACUGACUGUUUGUUAGCGCUAUUUUUAUUAGUAUAAGCCGAUUUGUGACUUGAUAUAAUCCUGCUGUUCGGAUAUUUAACAGCUUGCUAUCACGUGAAGGGAGUGGUGAAUGUUUAGAGUCCACGAGUGAGCUUUCCUGUCGAUAACACACUUUUAUCCUCACCUCUAAUAUUAAUGUGGAGUUAGGUGUGAUUUUGGAAAUGUUUUCAUGCAGUGUAUCUCUCUAAAUUCAACUAAAAACUAAAUGUCUCAGUUUUCAUUGUAUGCAAAUUAGAGCAAGGUCUUCUCAAUAUUAUGUAAGCAAAGGAAGUGUUUUGUUGUCUCUUUUGCAUCAUACUUAAGUGGAAACUGAUCUUAAGACUUAAAACAGGCUUACUCAUGCCUGCUUUCAUUUACAAACAGGAGUUAUUAUGUAAUACUGCUUAAAGGUUUUCCUGUGAAACCCAGUAAUUAAUGGCUUUUUGACAAUCAACCCCGUGUGAGCGAUGACAAAGCUUACUUUUUAGGUUCACCAUGUAACAACACGUCCAAGAAUGCCUUUAAAAAUAAUUUCUGCAUGUGGGAGGAAACUUGCACUCAUAUCAGUGUUGUUAUCAGAGUCGAAUCCCUGUUAUCUCAGUGAGACAGUUUGGCACUCAUUUAAAAAACAGCUUGACUUGAAGACUUGAAAAAAAAUACAUAUCCAUACACAUACAUAAGGCUCCAGUUGUGCGGAUAUAAAAACUUACAUUAAUUUUAAAUUCUGAUAAUGAAUGAUUGACACAUGAACAAUGACUCAGAGUCAAAGCUCCAUCUGUAGAGUCGACAGACCUGUUUUCAUUUACUGUUUUAUUAAUUUCAACUAAACCCUGUGGAUAUUUAAAAAAAAAUAUAUAAAUAUGUUGCCUGGAGGACUGAUGGGUGACUUUAAAUGUCUUAAAACUCAGCAUUUGUGGGCCUAGAAGCAGCACGAUUGCAGUUUGGAUAGCUGAUGCACAAGCUAACCUAAUUACCGUGCCAAUGGUACAGGUUAUUUGAUUAUAACCAGGCAUCCUGGGUCUGAGGUUGUUUAAAACAGUCAUGCAAGAGCACAUGUGACCUUGGGUGCACAUACAUAAUGCCAGCUUUAAUGGGGUAAUUAGAUUGACGCCGUAAGGUACAUGAUGUGCAGGACUUGAGGAAAAUUCUGGUUUCAUUUUGAGGUCCGUUUAAUAAGAUGCUGAAGCUAAGUCUUUAGUUUUGCAUUUAUAUUAAAUAUCAACAUGCUUAUGUCUGUGUGUUUUGGUUUCUAAGUUCGUAGCUCCAGGAUGAGAGCUGGUUAAAAUGUAACAGGGCUGCUUGCUGCAGUUAGAAAGUGACUCAGGGCGUUCUGCCUGUUGGCUUGGGUGUGAUUGUGUCCCCACUUUCUGGCAUUUCCAGCUGUUGUAUUCAGUCAACUUAGGAUGUGACAGCUGGUGGAGGCUGAUGAUAGGAAAACGCCGAUUUAAAAGACACUGUAGGUUAAGGUGUGUCGCUCCAUUUGCUGCUUUAAUGUUCGAUAAAACACCCAAAUAUCCUGUUUGAAUAGGAGAACAGAUAAUUGUUUGGCUCCCCUUUAAAAGGCUUAAACCCUGGAGAAGUAAUGGCAGCUUGACUCAGACUUUGAACCAUCAAAACCUAUUAGCAUGAUCUGUUAUCUUUAUGGUUUUCAACUGUUGGAGCAUUCACCAAGUCAGCCCCUCGAGUCAGCAGCAGAAAAACAACCUCAGAUACCCUCCCCACUGAAAAAAGCAGGCUUAAAAAAACUCUAAGGUCACUGCAGUUGAGUGUCCUUUUUUGUUAGAUUACGCGCAAUGUUGAGUUUGGUAACGCUCUUUAUCUGAGACAGUGCUCAAGGAUAUGACUGGCUAGAGUUUGUAUGUUUCUUAAAGGGAACAGAUGUGAAGAACACGCUGGUCUUACAACAAGUAUGAUCCAUUGAUUUCCACUGUUGUCCAAAAUCUAUUGAAAAUAGGGACUGUCCAUAAGCCAUAAAUUUAAUUUAAUUUACGUUAAGUGGAGGUCUCAUAUGAUCUGAGCUAAAUAUUUUAUUAAUGUGAGAAUGUGAAUAGGUCAGCAGUGCUAUUUUUUUGUUUGUCAUGGAGGCUCAUUAAAUAGUAAUUAAAAACGGCUGUUGCUGAUCGAAUUAUCAUAAACUUAAAGGGCUUCAACCAAAAAUAGUCCUAAAUUUGAUUCUAAUGUAAAAGCAGAGUUGAAAAAGUCAAUUAAGUUGAAUAACAGAAAACUUUUCCCCCACCAUAACCUAAAAAGUGACCAAAAGUAACAGUGAUGUUACUCUCUUUUCUUUUCCUGAGGUAAAAAUGUCCUAAAAAAGGACUUAAGUAUUUUUCAAGUGAUUAAUGUCUUUGAGGCCAGUUUAUUUAUGCCCUUGACUUCCAUUUGUCAUUCAAAACUAUUUAAAAAAAAAAAAACAAUUGGGAACACAAACUGCAACAAUUUACUUUGUUUUUCUUAAAGUAACUUUCAAUCAACUGCUGUCCAAAAAGGCCCCACAUGGCUGACUUAUCUUUACCACUCACUCUUAUAAACUCAGUAACAAAGUCUCAAAAAGUAUCAUCUAUAAAGCUUAUUUAUGGGUUAUUGUCUUCCAUUUACGUCCAAAACAUUCAAACUGACUCACUCCAUAGUGUGGUUCCAUGGCUGAAAGUUGAGGAAAUGUUUUCUCUGGAUGAAGGAUGCUUGACUCACAUUUAGUCUUUGAUGAUCAUUUUAAAACACAAGGAAAGUCAGUCAUCUCCUUGAAUUGCUAUAAAACGUUGGAGUUUCUUUUUCUGUCUGAGUGAAAUUCAAACAUAUUUCUCCACAGGUUGUUUCUCCUAUCUGACAGAUGGCAGAUUCUCUGACCUCAAAACUUUCUUGUUUUCAUUUAACCUUUGACCCUUUUCCUCCCGAUCUCUCCGUCCACAGGAGGUCUGCCUCUGGCAGCCUUUAACCUGGGUAAGAUCCGCCCCUAUCAGAGGGGCUUUUUCUGUAACGACGACAGCAUCAAGUACCCUUUCCACCACAGCACAGUCACCUCCACAGUACUCUACACUGUGGGCUUCAGCCUGCCCAUUAGCUGCGUAAGUUGGAGUCACUGCAGACAGAUCUACUGGCAUUUACAUUAACUUUCCAUGGCACAUAUAGGAGACCAGCUGUGGUAAACAUGCUGUUGAACUGGCAUAAUUUCCAUGGCACAUACAUUUACCUGUCAACAGCUGAAGGUGUAGUUAAUAACCUGAAUGCAGUCAGCUUUGGUAAACAUGCUGUUGAACUGGCACACCAACAUGGAAAGCAGCGAUUGUGAUGGUCAUUGGCUCACGCACGUCUUUUUAAUGUGGUGACAAAUCAAAAUGUGGAACAAAAAAAGGAGCCUCAUUGUCAGUCAGGACUUAAUGUACUGUAUGUUUUCAGGAAGGAUAGCUUCCUGUUUGAAAAUACAGACAUUAACUUAAAUUAUUCAGGAGUUCUAGUUCGUCUAAUGUCAUUUAAAAAACAGCCACCGUUAUUUUGUUCUCAAACAGAAGCUCUAAAUGUUGUGAAUCAAAAAGCUUCAGGAGGAUGUCCACUUAAAAUAACAUAUAAAGCAGAGAAUAGCUCAUUAAGAUGUGAAUUAUACCAAAGAGAAGGUUUAUGUGACUGUAACUGGGACACACGACCAGCUUCGUGAUAUUUUAAUUAUGUUUCGUUAUGUUGCAGACACGUAACUCAAGCAGCAGCGACAGCAUUGGUUAAAAAGUAGAACAAUAAAAGUAAAAAAAACUUAUUAGAUAUUAAUAUGAUCAGCUAUAAGUAUUAGAGUUUAAUCAGCAGUAUUUGUGUUAUUGAUAAACUAGUCAUUCCUAUCAUGAAACCAGAGUUAAAGUAGAUUACCACACUGAUAUUUCUUGCUGAAUAAAUUGCAUCAAAGUGGAGUUUUCUACUCUUUUGUUUUUUACUGCUAACUUUGGGCUGAGCUUCCUCUCUCUGUUGGUAAUUAUUGCAGCAAACGUGCAGGCUGCACGCUGGGCCUGUCUGCUCCUUAAAAUAGCAGGAAUGCUCUCCUGGAUCAGAGGGAUUUUUCUUUUUUUGGGGUGGAGAAUGACAGAGCGUGAAAGCGCUAUUGGUGUGUGUGUGUGUUUCGCUCCCGUGUUCGUCAUCUGUUCCUGCUUUGUGGCAUCGCUAAUUUAUCUCUUUUAAAAAUUUUCUUUUGCCAUCAAUGUAAAUUCAGAUAGCUGAAUUCUCAGUGAGAAAAGGAGGUUAAAAAAAGGUCAAGUGUUUCCGUGUCUUCACAAAGAGUGAAACAUAGAUGCGUGUUUGAGGUCAGGUAUGUGAGACCACUCCUGUUGGCUGUGACAGCUCACUGGGAAUUUGUUUCUGGGAAAUUAAACCAAAGGAACUGAAGCCGGUCUAUAAACACGACCCCUGACGACCAAACACACCUGCUGCACAAGAAGUGAAAGUACUGAGGUUUCACAUUUCACUCGGGCUCGAUAACCUGCUUGGGAAUGUCAUUUGGUGCUUUUUGAGUUGAAUUUUUCUUUCUUAACAUCCACUCUUUGUUAACAUUUAUCUGCCAACACGUCUAACCAUUAACAUGCGCACGUUUGUUUCCUGGAAGCUGGUGAAGGUUGAUGCUGCCUCCAUCGCCUGUUUCAGAGGAUGCAACAUGACUGCAGUCUCCUGCUUUUGCACAGACAGGUUGCAUCAUGGGUAGAAAUGAUCUUGUAACCUGUUUAUUUUCCUUGUUUUUUUUUUUUCUCUCACUGCUUCUCUGCCAGUUGGACUCCCCUUUGCUAUACUCACUGCGCGGCACAGUCCUUACCGCCGAGGCUUUUUCUGUAACGAUGAUUCAAUCAAGUACCCGUUUAAAGAAGAUACCAUUUCUCAUCAGUUGUUAGGAGGGGUUAUGAUUCCCAUCACAGUUCUCACUGUAAGUGCACCUGUUUUGUUUGCUGCUAAUGGUUCUCCUUUCUUCUUUCUAAAUCAAACUAUAACCCACUUUUAUGUUUUCUGUUAAAUCCAUGCUAAGUUCUUCUUUCCUGUGAUGUGUGUUUGGUUUUAACUCCCUUCACAAGCCACUAAUGUUGUGUCUCUAAGUCACUCUGGUGAAUGCAUGUUUUCCCAAGCCUCUAAAAAAAAGAAUAUUUCAAAGCUGGCUCUUUUAUUUUGAAAUUCACCUGCCCUAAAUUCAUCUCCAGCUGCUUCAGAGGGACACGAAAUCCAGCAGAUGUGAAACUCUUCACGAGCAGCGCAGUAGUAAACUCGGUCAGUCGAUGCCGAAUGGAAUUGAAAAUAUGUGAUGGCACUUAGAGAGCCCACGAGAAAGAGACGCACAAUCAGUUUAGUGUUUAAACAGGCGGCAGUCAGCUUCCAUUUAAGCCGAGUUCAAAUCGAAACCUCUGAAUAAUCACGGACUUUUACAACGUAAACAAAAGGAGAUUCUCUAUCUGAAGAUAACGUAGCAGGAACAGUAAAUUCAAUCAUCAGCUCUUUUUAGAUGGACCCUGUGGGCCUGUUAUCUGCAGGCAGGGUUGUGAAACACACACAAGCAUCUAAACCACAACACCCUUCACAAGAGGGACGCGUGAGUCAUUGUUUUGACCUGAAACAUGAAAUUUGUAUGAGGAUGAAAAGGAUUCCACUGUUUUACUGUCAGACCUAAACCGGCCUUAUUAUUAAACCCUUUUACACGUGUUUAUUAGGGUUGGGAGUGAAUUUUGAUGUGGCAAUAUAGUGUGAUAUUAGUGCAAUAUGUUCUUGUCCUGACUCAUGCCAUACAAUUAUUCUAGCAGUGUCAUAAUCAAGGUUUUAAUAUAGGAAUAGAACAGCUAUCUAAACACAUUUAAAUCAAUCGUUAUUUACAGUCUUUAUUAAUGUACGUAAAUGUGAUAUAAAAAGCACUCUUUAUCUUCCAGUUCCUCCUGAUACCUCUCUUUUAUAUCCCAUGUAGGCAAUAAAAGUGCAUAUGUAGGAUUAUCAUGCAGUUUAUCAGGCUUCCCAAAUUACUCUUAUUUAAUUAUUAUCACAGGGAGUAUUCAUCAUAUCAUAUAUCAUUGUAUGAUUUCACAUUACAUUGUAUCAUAUGGUUCCAUUUUGGGGUUUUUUGCCAUUAUUUACCCUGUGACUGCUGCCUUUAAUGUUUAUUGUUUUGAGUGGACAUCAUCCUGUGGCUGUGAUACCUUAAACCUUCAUUUAAAAGGAUAUUCAAAAGAAAGUUUGACACGUUUGUCUCAAAAGAAAAUGGUUGAAGAAUUAGAUAAAAAAUCAAUAUAACUCUCAAAAAGCCAGGAGAUUGUUAGUUCGGCCUUGCAAGAAGACAUGGACCCCUCUGAUGGUUAAACAAUCACCUCAUCACUACCUCUGAAGCUCAGCUGAUAUAUUUUAUCUUUUCUGUUUAAAGCUUCUGUGAGGAACUUUUGUGUCAAAUUUGGCGCCCCCUGUGGACAAAGCAGUCUCGGCUUAUCUACUUCAUGUCUGAGCAAUAAUUUAUGAUGACAAAUCUCAUCUUGCCGACUUUUGACAGUCAUAUUUAUCAUUUGUUGUGAAUAUUUUUUAACAUGGAAAUAGUAAAAGUAGGGCUGUUUCUUUAAAUGAAAGGUUUGGACCUACCCCCUUGUAUCGAUUUCAGACAAUAAUAAAAUACAAAUAUUCAGUCUUGCCACUGAUGGUCAAUUCCUCACAGGAGCUUUAAAGGUGGGGUAGGCAGGAUCUGAGGAAGUGCCAGUUUUUGGGAGACAUCUUGAAUGUAAACUCUACCCCUCCCAACCAGUUUUCCCCUCAGCUCCUCCUCUCCCCUCCCUCUCUGCUCCAGAAAGCCCCGCCCACAAACAGACGUUCCUGCUCGCUCGUAUCAUUCUAAUCAAAUUCAGAUAUAAUGCAGAUAAAUACUUCAGAUGAUUACAAAUGGGGCCCAGUCAACGUGAAAGUAAAUAGCAUUGGUGCUACUGUAGAUACCAACAGACUUCCAGCAAACACGAUGUUUGCAGGACUUCUACAACUAGGAUAAAGUGACAUAGUCCAGGACCCGAGGUCAACAGUUUAGCGGCGCUACGACACGCAGCAGGUCCUGUUUGACAAGAAACACAUCUGUUACAGACACUCGGCUGACUUUGUUAAAGCGGUUUACCUGUCCAGCAGAAAGGUUACAGGGUCCGUAAGAUCCCGAAGCAUCCCCCAUCGUUUCUUCUGAUGUUGACCCGGCUUCUUAGCUCUUGUCUGGUCUACCUUUUGUUUUAAGCGCCCGUUAUUUGGCCAGAGUCUCCAGUAUUCACUUUGUUUUCUUGCUUGUGUCGUGGCUAAAGGAGGAUUCAGACAAUUUUCCGUACUUUCUGGUUGGUUUCUACUGUCUGAUAUUGUAGCACAUUAACUUUGUUUGGGCUCGUGAACAUUAUUCAAGGACGUGGAGCGUGCCUCACAACAUGAGGGAGCAGCAGCCGCCUCACAACCAAUCAGGUUGGGGGAGGAGGAGAACGGCUUUGUUUUAAGUCAGAAAGAGCGGCCCGCUCAAAAAUGUAAAAAUAUUGACUACACAAGCAUAAGAAAACACAGCGAUAUCGUUAUAUUCCCACGUCAUGAAUAACUAAUAGCUAUUGACUGAUAUUAAAAGCUUUUUUGUAUAUACACCACAAAUAAAGAUGCUUCUUUAACGGAUUCCUGCCCACCCCACCUUUAAUCUGUCCAGGCUUUGACAGGCCAGUUGGCUCUCAUAAAGUCCAGCUUGCUGUUUCCCUCAGUUCAGUUUUAAUGCUAAGCAAAGAAGCUUUUUGUGGAAGGUGCUUCUUAGCAACCUGAUAGUGGUGUUGAUCCUCUUACUGAGGUGUCAACAAGGAAGCAAACAGGCGUAUAUCCACUAAAGUCUUUGUAUGUUAAAGCUGGUAUUUCUGGCUCUUAUUUUGUGUGAUAUUCAGCUGUUACUUUACACGUAUUCCUUAUAUGACUCUCUGACUCUUUAUCCUGUCUCCCUCCUUACAGAUGAUCUUUGGCGAGUGCCUUUUAGUUUAUCUAAAGCGCCUCAAAUCCAAGUCCUCUUUCGGCAGCUAUGUGUCCUCUGUUUACAAAGCUGUCGGUACCUUCUUGUUUGGUGCCGCCAUGAGCCAGUCUCUGACGGAUAUAGCCAAGUAUUCCAUCGGUAGGCUCAGGCCGCACUUCCUGGACGUGUGCAAACCUGACUGGAAACAGAUCAACUGUUCAUUGGGGGAAUAUAUCGAAGACUUCACCUGCACAGGAGACGCAAGAAUGUCCAAUGAGGGCAGGUGGGUUCACUUGAUUUGAUUAAACAAAAUUGCCAAAUACUUGCCAAAGCAUAAAAUGGAUAUCACUCAGGAACUAAAAGUAGUUCCUUCAAAAAAAACAAGUAAAGCCACAAAAUCAAAAUCAAAAAUCAGAGUAAGAACAAAGAUAAAUGUCCAAACUCUUGAAUGAUUGUGUAAACCUCAUUUUAAAAACAUUACGACCAUGCCCGGUGUCAAGUUGUGCAACCUGUCAUUUAUAGCAAGUAUCUGGCUGCACAUGGAUGACAGGAGGCCGUGUUUUUAGCAGAAUGCGUUGGCAGUGUGCAACAGCAGAGGUUGAGUAACAUCGCAGGAAUGUAAAGCUUGUUUUGAUUACGGUCCGUGUGCGUUAUCGGCUCUGAGCAAAGGGAAGUAUAGAGGAGGGAGAGGAUAUCCACUUCUCCUCCUGGUGUAGGAACAGCCAGCAGGGAAAAGAGGUAAUAAUAGAAGCAGAGGCCUGAAUAGUGGCAUCAGCUGAGCAGAUUUAUGACUGUUAAAGAACAGUUCAUCAUUAUGAGGAACAAGGAACUGUUAUCUGUUCUCCACAGGUAUCUAAAGAUUGUUAGUAUUUUAGGUUCAGGUUUUUGCACGCAUCCACCCACCCUCUGUGUCCUCUGGGUUAUCGACUAUAUAUCUACCAGGGUGUGGUGCGUGAUCCUUGAUAUUUCCUGGAGGCUUGAUACCGCUCUGCCAGCUGAAAUAAUGAGGCUAGGCUCGAUCAGCUUUCACAGUGUCAGACCAGUUAAUCCAAUUCGAGUCAUUCAUGCGGUUAAAUUCUGCACUAACCUGUUGCAUUUUAAUGCGUAGAUAUAAACAAAACUUUUCUACAAACUGUCAGAGUAUGAACAUUUCAGUAAAACCAUUUUUAUUUUGAAUUUUGUUUUUGCGUCUCUUGAAAGCAGGAGUUUUUCCGUUCACUUUUUAUCCCACUGCCAUGUUUACCGUAAAGCGCCAAAAUCACAGGCACAAAAUCCUUUUGCAUGUUUAUAUAAACAAACUCCUGUUCUUACUCUAAGGCUUUUAAGAUAAACAUAAAGCCAUAUUAUCUUUCCAGUGUGGCCUGCUCAUCAGUAAUAGAGUUAAUAAGCGCAGCAGGAGAGGGAAGGGCGCAGUAGGGGAGCCUGUGCAGGAUCGCUUUACUGUAACAUGACUCCUAAUGCAAGACAGGAGGCACACAGUGAGAGCAGGAUGCAGUUUUUUUGUGCUGUAAAGAGGUGAAGAUGCAACUCAAAAAAUUAAUAAAGACUUCAGACCUCGUGAGGUUGACUCUAAAUGAAAUUUCUAACCACUGGAUGUUGUCAGUGUCGACGAGUGAAGGCUUAUUGAGGUCUAAACAAAAUGAAUUAUUAAUGUGGUGCAACCAUAGACUGUAUAAAGAAUGGACAGCGUCUGCCUCCUCGCUGGGUGAAGCCACUCCGAGAACAGAACCCUCUGAUGGUGGGCUGAAGUACAGGUCAUAAAUCCCGCCUGAAGCUUAUGGAGCUGUGGACAAACUUUAGAAAUUUAUUACACAGAACAUACAUUUUUCUCCCCCCUGCUUGCGGUGUUGACAUGUAGUUAUUGUAAGACUGGUUUGUGCCCAAGUCCUCUUUUUUCUGUACAGCUCCGUUUUUAAAAGUUAUUAGGGGGUUAAUAUUUUCUAUGAUUGACACCUGGUACAGCCUAUGGGCGUUCAGGGAUUGCGUCGCUCACCCGGGGAGAUACGCUCAGAGCAGUGGAUUAAACAGAGUGGCGACACUCACAUAGGUAUACGCUGUACAGCCCGGCGGACCCCACUUCCGGGUUAUGGAACUCUUAAUAGUUCCAACAUGACCGCCUGUCACAUCGGACGCCGUUCGCUUCUAUGGCCACAAGGCAAGCACUCAUCGAGGUUAAAUGAUAAAAUAUCAACAAGUUUAAUCCACUGCUCUGGAUACGCUGUUUGAGCCGAGCGUCAUCACAGGGACUCUCGGCGACUGCGCGGCCGAAUGCGCGCAUUGCUACUGCGCAGCUCUGGUCUCAAGGAAGUGGAGAAAACCGAAUUACCGAGAGCUUUUUGGCUUCAAAUCCGUAUACAGGCGGAAGGCGGAACCAGGUUGUCCAUAGUAUAUACAGUCUAUGGGUGCAACAGAGACUGCACAGAGGUCUGUGUCGUUGUUGUACGGUACUAUUAAGUCAACUUGGCUAGUUAUUAACAAAGUGCAAACAAGGUCUCAAAAGUUAUAGUAGAUUUACAUGAAAAACUUAAAAAGAGUUACCAAGUUCACUACCUUUAACUUUGAGCGUGAGUGAACUAGACUUAAACCUAAAAGUACAUCUUUAAAUUUUACAGGUUAUUGAAAUUAUUAUCCAGCCUAAGAUGUUUCACCUGACAUGUGGAAACUCCGACCUUGUCCUGGAGUCAAAAUGAAAGUUUUAUCACCCUCCAAAUGACAUGGCAUUAGUCACAGUCGAUCAGCUGACACAUAUUUUUGAGAGCAGUUUUGUUUAUCGUGGUUAAAACACGAUAGCUCUAUUCCCCUGUGAGCGACACAGUCUUUGCCUAUCUCACCCGGCUGGCUUUUAACAGUUGAAUGUGUCAUUCAUGAACUAUCUUUACUGUGGUACAUUCAAGUCACGCUGAUGUCUAACUUCUACAUGUCACGUUCCUCUUCUAUUAGCAUGUAUCCAAGACAGAGAUGUGAUCUUAUCUCUUUUUAUUAUUUACUCCAUGAAGCCUCCAGCGAGUGCAACUCAAAUAAACAUGGCUACAGCAUAACUAAUGUGUGUGUGUGUGUGUGUGAGCGUUCAUGGAUGUGUUCCAGACAACAGUAUUAAAUAUAGCACUGUUAUUAUAAUCAGGAAGUUACCAGGGGCAGGAGGCAGAAGCUGGAGGCCUGUCUGCUCCGUGGAAAUGCACUUUGUCACGAUUUUGAGUUGAACAGUUAAGACAAUAAGACAUUCCAGUUUUGUCUGAUUCAUUUGGGUGUUGUCUUACGGUGAAUUAAAUAUGUACAAGGUGACGAUCUGUGCUUCUAUCUUUCUUUCAGGCUUUCCUUCUACUCAGGCCACUCCUCUUUCUCCAUGUACUGCAUGCUGUUCUUGGCUGUAAGUACCCGUUUAUAUAUCACAUAUCAUAUUGAUGUUAUAAAAUAGCUGAAAAUGAGUUUGAAACUUUGAGAAAUGCUCUUACUUACUGUCUUUCUGAGAGAUAAAUGAGAGGAUUUAUACCACUCAUGUUUCUGUUCAAAAGUUCACGUUUUGUUCUCUCUGUUAAAGCUAAAUGUUUGCGUGGUAAACAGCAUUAGAUUGAAUCAACACUGACCGCCUUGUCAUUUUGAGUAUCACCGUUAAACUCAAAAGAAUCGCAGGAUCUUUGUGUACCCUCUGUUUGUUCUGAGCCCAGCCCUGAUAAACUAUAAGCUGCUGAUUCAUUCAAUCCCAGCAGAUAUAAAUAGACCCGGGGACAAAGUCCUGGCGCUAAUAUCGAGCUCUCUGUGUCUCCGUAUGGAUGGAAAAAGACAGCAGCUGACUUUUACUCACUGACCUUCAAAACACUUGAGAUGCUGUGAGAAAAUAGUCUGUCAAGAAGGGAAACGAGGAUCUGGACAAAGCAGCCGAGCUUGUUUGUGCCUCUUUAUGAAAAUCCAGACGCACCCUGAUCACAAUACAAACAAAAUGUUGGUUUAUGACACAGGGACACAGUGUUCAGAUGACCGAGGAUCUUUCAGGACAACAUGUUUGAUGACUGUUGUGAUAUUAACUACUUAGAAAUGAUUUGAUUAGAGAUCCUGUUCCACAGAACUACUGAUUGUAUCACAACUUAAUGAGUUAUUUCCCAACUUCAAAGAUGCCAGAAAACUUUAAAGCUCAUUACUUGAAUUACAAAAAAAAGUGAUGUUUGUUUUGUUCAGAACAGAUUUGUCUCUGGUGAAAACACACUGAUUCAUCUGCAAAUCUCUGCAGCUCACUUUCAUCUCCAAACUUGUAAUAACAUGGUGCCGUGCCCUUUCCCUUCUCAGCUCUACCUGCAGGCUCGACUCCAGACUGACUGGGCAAGGCUGCUGAGACCCACAAUCCAGUUUUUCCUGAUCGCCGCCUCGGUGUACACGGGAUUGUCGAGGGUGUCUGACUAUAAACAUCACUGGAGUGACGUGCUGGCUGGACUCCUUCAGGGCGCCCUCAUGGCAUUACUGGUGGUGAGUGAUAAGCUGAAGUUUAACUUGGUGGUUGAUGCUCUAAAGCUCCAGUUGGGAGUUUGUAGAGAGUUAUAAAUCAGACUGAAAUUGAAAAUAUCACCCCUCUGUGCAUUUGGACUUCCUGAAUUUAAUUGAAUUCCUCAUAAAGUCAUAAUUCACCUCCCUCCAGUCUCCCUGUUUACUUCAGGUACAGUUGGAAUUUACAGUUUCAGCAGAUCAUCAAUGUGCAGUUAACGAAUGAUAAGGAAAUAGAUCUUUAGUGUUUGGUCCUAAUCUGUCAGCUGUCUUUGCAGAGAAUUUACUGAUAAUAAAAUUGAUUAGUCUAUUGAUAUCUGUCACAGAUUCAAUCAAUAAGAACUGAUUGGCUUCUGUUGAGCUGUUUUAGAGUUCUUAUGAACAUCUGGACAGUAUGUCUGUAAGGAUAAUUUGUUUAAAGCAACACAAAGUGAGUUAAUUGGUAAGUGGUUGAGAUGCUUAUAGGCAGAUUUUUUUUUUUACGCUAGGGUGACCAUACGUCCUCUUUUACCCGGACAUGUCCUCUUUUUUGGGGACUGUUAUAUAAGUUUAUAAAAUCCUUCAAAUGUCUGCGGUUUUGUACACAAGUUUGGAGUUCGUGUCACGUGGACUUACUGAGUUAGAAGCGCGCAAAGACACUCAAUCCGACCAGAAAAACUCAAAAUUAACUUCAUGCGACUCCGUGACUCCACCCCUGUGUAGUCAUGUCCUCUUUUUAGGAAGUUAGAAUAUGGUCACCCUAUUUUAUGCUAUCCAUCUGGAUUUGGGUUUUACAGACCUGCCUAAUCUGGAUCUUUUUAUAACACUUUUGGACAAAUGUUUCAUCCCCUUUGGGUGAUUUGCUAAGAUGCAGAUAAUUCAACCCUUUCUUCACUAUUUUCCUUCCUUGCAGGUCUUCUUCGUGUCUGACUUUUUCAAGCCACGUGUCGCCCCCCGUCAGGAGCCGGAUAUCCCACACACAACCCUACAGGAGACCCCGACAAACGGAAACUUUGAGAGUCCAAACUAAGCUAAAGGAGAGAGAGUUGGACAAACUCUACUCUGUCCAAACGCACACCCAGGAUCCCGGCAGUCUCGCCUUUCAUCUCACCCAAAAUUUCACCCAAAUACUCCUGCAUGGAUUUACAGGAAGCUCGCUGAUGACUCUACAGCCCCCGACCCCAAAAAAAUCACCUCAGGCCUGUGUAGAUUUUAAGACUUUAAAUUUUAGGGAAUUUUACUUCGUCUACCACCAAUUCUCCAGGGAAAGUGGUGAGGCUGCCUGUCAAAGACUUGUAAAUACGCUUUAAAACUGAGAUGGACGGACAUUCUGUGAGGACGGGAACCAACAAAUUAUUCAUGUUUGUGUCUACUGAACUAGUGGGAAGACUUAACCUGCACGCGCCCACUAAAGGGUCUGACCACUUCAAGGACGGAGAAAAGAGAGAGAGAUAGAGGAGGGUUGGAAACCUGUGAAUGUAACCUCGCUUUGUGCUUUUCCCUGACCUGGAGUCAGCCUGCUCCAGAAUCUGGUUUGAAGUGAAGCUCAGCACCAAGAGGGACGUCUUUAAAGUGUCAUAACUUUGUUGCCUUAAUGUGUGGUGCUCAUUUAAGGGCUGCAGGCUGAAGCGGAUCACGUCCCGAGCUGCUGACUCCAGGUCUGUCACUGCUGCUUUAACGGUUAGUUUAAGUCCCAUGUUGCCUUUGCUGGACUGCUAUGCUGCUAUCAGCUCUCUGUGUCUGUAAGAACCAGUAUAAACAUCCAGUGAACACACGACUAUGUGCUUUUGUAUCAUCUGUAUGUCAGAACAAAUCACCAUACAGACUUUUAUUGAAAAAAAAAAAAAAAACGUUACAAAUAUGUACAAAUGUGUAGAAGAGGUAAAGGAAAAGUAAAGCCAUUUCACAUACUAACAUAAACUCCAAUGAAACAUACCUGUCUGAUGUAUUUUGUCAAGAGCCUUCAAAUUAAAUUAAAGCCUGACCUGUUUUGUUUACUUUUAGUCUGAUGUUUUAAAAAUAAUGUCAUAUUAUGCACUACUGUCCUGAUGUAAACAGAAACAAUAAAAGCAUGACUUUUCAGUGUGUGCUG